AUGGCGAGAACGGGUUUCCGAGCGAUCCUGGACCUGGAGAGCCUGAAGCAGCCGUUCCUCGGCAUCCGCCACUAUCCGGCUGGGGGAUAUGAGUUUCGAAAUGGUCACUCCACGAAGUUUCCCAGCAUCCCUGUAGAAGAGGGCGAGACCGACAUCGAAGCAGCGUACCGGGUAGCCUCAGAGCGGCGCACUGCCGGCCGUGAGGCCUUCGGGGAUGGGACCAGCGUGGUCUCUGCCCAGGCAGCUGUGGACGCUUGGGGCCAGGGAAUUCUGGCCCUCCACCGCCUCCGGAAUCUGAACAAGAGGGCUUGUGCUGAGGGCGCUUCAACCCCCUUGGAGUCCCCGUCGGCGGAGGACGUCAACGAGUUAGACCUGGUGCUCAGGCUAAACAUCGCCCAAGCACUGCUGAAACUGAAGCAGUAUGAAUGUGCCGUGAGUCACUGUGAUGCUGCCCUGGAGAUCAAUCCCCGCAACGUCAAAGCCCUCUGGCGGAAAGCUAAAGCUGUGUGGGGUCUCCGCUGCCCCGGCGAGGCUUUGCAGGCUCUUGAGGACUUCCUCAGUGUGGACCCCGGGAAUCCGGCCGCCCGGGCCAUGCUCAAAGAGAUUGAGGCCGAGGAGCAGAAGCGGAAGGCAAAGCGCGUGGGUCCUGGAGCUGCGCUGCGAACGGCCCCACGACCUUCCCAAGCUCCGGCUGCAAACGAUGCCGCUGAAGCUAUGGGCGCCUCUAGGGCCACAGAGCCGAGCGAGACGGCGAAGGCACCGAUGUGGAGCUGCUGUCGGAGGAAGCCAAAAGCUACAUAG